CUAUCCAAACUUGAGCUUUCCCCAUGGAUGAGUCAAACAUAACGUUUCAUCCCAGCGAAGGCACAGAGAACAUCUCAAUGCACAGAAACAUUUCUGCACAGGAAAGGGUCUGGGAGAUAUUGACCCCACUUUGGGUAAUUAUGAUCAUCUCCUUCCUGGGUUUUUGUGAAAAUGGAAUUGUCCUCUGGUGCCUCUGCUUCCAGAUCAAAAGAAACCCAUUCACUGCGUACAUCACACACCUGUCCAUUGCUGACAUCUCCUUACUGUUUUGUACAUUUAUUCUGUCAAUUGAGUACAUUGCUGGUUUUGGAUUCGCAUAUGGUUUUUACUACUAUGUAACCACCACACUGUCUAUUGUCUUCCUUCUUGGAUAUAAUACUGGUCUCUAUCUCCUGACAGCCAUCAGUAUUGAGAGGUGUCUGUCUAUUGUUUACCCCAUCUGGUACCGAUGCCACCGGUCACAGCACCAGUCAGCAAUUGUGUGCGCAAUUCUGUGGACUCUGUCUUUUCUGAUGACAAUAGCCGAAUAUUUAACAUGCAAAGAUGAUUCAACAAAGGAACAGUUUGAUGAUGCCAACCAUUGCCAAGCAAUGCUCAUCUUCACAUGGAUCCUGACUUUCAUGAUCUUCAUUCCUCUAAUGAUUCUGUCCAGCCUGAUCUUGGUUAUCAGGAUUCAUCGUAACUCCCUGAGACCUCACUCGUCAAAGCUCUACAUCAUCAUUGUGGCCACAAUCAUUGUCUUCCUCAUCUUUGCCAUGCCUAUGAGGCUGUUGUAUCUCCUGAAUUACCACCACUGGUCGUCUUUGCUCAGCCAGCAGAACCACGUCACCAUUGUUCUCUCCACUGUUAACAGUAGCAUCAACCCCCUUGUUUACUUCUUUGUAGGAAGCAGCAAGAAGAAGAGGUUCAAGGAGAGUCUCAAAGUGGUUCUUAGCAGAGCACUCACGGAUGGGUUGCGGCCGAGAAGCCAGGAAGUUGGCAUGAGUUUGGAUAUAGCUGAAACGAUUUUCUGAGGCUUAGGGGGGAAGUUCUGGGGGCAAAUAAUCGGACUUGCAAGAUUUAAUAAACCACUGCAAAACUAAGAGCAUUUUUCUUCCAUAGAAUGUAAAAGGAAGUAGUGAAAUGGUAUUGUUAUCUUUGGUGGUUGAGUAAUGGAAAAAUAUAGACUAGAAUAAAGAUAAUUUUUAUUUGUAUUUUCUUAAUUAUUCAAACACAUGCUACAUCCUUAUGUGACUAUGUCAGUCAAGGAUACCACAGUGGAAAAGAGACAGGCCAACAGAGAAUAUAAAAAAAGGACACAAAUAUGUUAUAAAUAGUGUGACAUUUAUAAAAGCACUGAGCACCCAUAAAUGCUAUUGAAGUCAUCAGGGCCUGUGUGUGUUCGCAUUUUUAAAAGUCAAACCCACUAAACACAGG